AUGGACCGGAUAAAUACCCAUCCCACCAAUAGAGACGGGUUGUUGCUGUUGAGAUCCGAAUCCAGGUCAGCCUCCGGAACGACGUCGUCAGCUUCCCAAUUCGUCUUGCAAUGGGGCGGCCAGAAAAGGCUCCGCCACAGUACUAGCAACGACCCGACCGGUUCGAGAACGGGUCGACGUGCGACGGCAAGGAUAGACCAUCGUUUAGUGAAAUCGGAUACGAAUGAUAACUCCGGCGAAGAUCCGUUAACGAAUCGGCAGACCCUUGUUAAUUUUGUUAGGAGCGCCGGCGGCCAUCUGAACCUCCGUCAACGCCCGGCUUCUCCGUCUUCUCGAAUUUUGAGGAGUUCAGAGGGUUCAAUCGGUAUGAAGGGACUUGGCAAUGGAGUGAUGGAUAGAAAAGUCCCACCCAUUAAUACCAAUAACCAUAAUAAGAAUACUAGUAAUAAUAUUAUUACUAAUUGCAGCAAGAAUAAUAAUGUUAAUAAUAAUCACCAUAAUAAAGACAACCACCGUGUCGCCGGAGGUGUUGGUUCCGGGUCGCCGGAGGCAGUCACCGCCAUCUGGCCGCCCAAGUUUGUGAUUGCACUGACAAAUAAGGAAAAGGAAGAGGAUUUUAUGGCGAUUAAAGGGUCCAAGCUGCCUCAAAGACCUAAGAAGAGGGCCAAAUUCAUUCAGCGUACCCUCAAUCUGGUGAGUCCAGGUGCGUGGCUAUGUGACCUAACACUUGAACGUUAUGAGGUCCGAGAGAAGAAAGUUUCGAAGAAGAGACCGAGAGGGCUUAAGGCUAUGGGAAACAUGGACUCAGACUCGGAGUAG